AUGAGAUGGCCACCAUGGAGCUCCGAGUCAAGCGAUGACCAGAAGAAACAAUCGGAGUCUAGCCUCGGAAGCUGGUCUUCGCACGCCACAUCAACAAACAACAGCUCCCCUCUCGACUGGACCGCUUUCACCGAAGCCAGAACAAUCUUACCAACCCUCCUCUUGACGAGCGGCAUUCUAUUCGCAGUGCGUGUCCACCGCAGCUACCUGCGCCGCUUCCCCGAUGCCGCCAGCAUCUCGCCUUCGUUUCUUCGCCGCCGAACGGUCUUCGGCCAAGUGACCAGCGUUGGCGAUGGUGACAACUUCAGAAUAUAUCACACACCCGGGGGGCGACUUGCUGGAUGGGGCUGGCUACCAUGGAAAAAGGUCCCUAGCACAAAGAAGGAGCUAAAGGAUAAAACCAUCCACAUCCGUCUAGCUGGCGUAGACGCCCCCGAACUCGCACACUUCGGUCGCCCUGAACAACCCUUCGCCCGCGACGCCCACGUCUGGCUAACAUCAUAUCUCCUCAAUCGCCGCAUACGAGCCUCCGUCUGGCGACAAGACCAAUACCAACGCGUCGUCGGAAGCGUAUACGUCCGACGCGCAUUCGACUUCCCCCCAUUCCGCAAGCGUGAUGUCUCCUAUGAGAUGUUGAAGCGCGGUCUGGCAACGGUGUACGAAGCCAAGGUGGGCGCGGAGUUCGGAGGCGAGGCUAUGGAGCAGAAGUAUCGUCGUGCCGAGUGGUGGGCGAAGAAAAGGGCUAAAGGUCUUUGGAAAGAUUACCGUCGCGUUGGGUCGGACUGGGAAAGUCCGAGGGAAUAUAAGAUUCGUAUGGGUAUGGGUGAUCCUCAGGACAAUGGCGCAAAACCGAAGUCUAAAUCAUGA